CUAACAGAAAUUGCGCAAACAAAACAAACACCCUCCAGCUCCUUCCUUUGUCCCGAAUCGAAUCGAAGGCUCCCGAGACCUAGCGCGAUGUCCGCCAUGGAGACCGACAUCAACGCGCCGCCGCCGCCCGCCCCCGCCGGCGAGGGAUCCUCCGCGGCCGGCCCGUCCUCAUCCUCCUCCCGCAAGCCCAACAAGCGCUUCGAGAUCAAGAAGUGGAACGCCGUCGCGCUCUGGGCAUGGGAUAUCGUCGUCGAUAACUGCGCCAUCUGCCGCAACCACAUCAUGGAUCUAUGCAUCGAGUGCCAGGCGAACCAGGCCAGCGCCACCAGCGAGGAGUGCACUGUCGCUUGGGGUGUCUGUAAUCACGCUUUUCACUUCCACUGCAUCAGCAGGUGGCUUAAGACUCGACAAGUGUGCCCAUUAGACAACAGUGAGUGGGAGUUCCAGAAAUAUGGCCACUAGAGCCUGGGUCACCCGAAUGUGCCGUUGGAGCUUGUUUCUGGCUACUGCUGCUGCAAUCCAAGUGUUUUGUCUGGCAAACAGCUCGUUCUUUUGCCGAUUUCAAUGCUUGCACCUAUCGCCCGUCAAUUAUGGCUGGUAGUUCGUUCAUCCUGGGCUUGUAUUUGGAUGAUUCAUUGAGGACCAUAUUAUAGUAGUCCCUUCUUAUCAAUGUUAUGUGGAUCUUCAUAAGUGAGCUUGAAUUGUGCUGUGGUACCAUUUCUAAAGUCUGGUGCUUUUACAUGCUUCUGCCUCUUCCUUAAAAUCCAUGUACUGUAUACCGUAUCUUCGAAUGAAGUGGAUUGGCUAACUUUCGGCUGAUUGUGUUAGUGUUAGCGGAGGUACCAGAUUCUGGUGGAAUGGUAGUUAUCGAAUGCCGCCCAGAUGUACUAGAUUUCAAAAACUCAUCUUUCGAAUUUUAAUAAUCGAUUAGUUGAGUUA